UUCACACAAAGCAGUGACACAAAAGGGUGUUAACUGUAUCGAAAUUUCUCCUUUUAGUUUAGAAUAUUAGGGAAAAUGGAUAAAUACACAUAUCCACUGUUUUUUGAAGCCAAAGGUCUCUCUGACAAUGAUAUUCAGGAUAUCUGGAGAUACUUUCAGAGAGGACAAGACUCUGGGGGUGGUGAGUGUGGAAUUCCUGGAGAGGUUGACGGCAACACCUAUAAAAUCUGUUUCAAGGACAAAGAAGUUCAGGAACGGGUUUUGCUGAGAAAGUUUCAUGCCAUCUCUAUUUCUGGUGGAAAACAGUAUUUAACAGUGAGCCAAACAAGUUUACCUCCACAGACCCUCAAUCAGUCGUCGACCAGUCAGUCUCAGGCACCAACAAAAGUGAUCACAAAACAUCUUGAGAAGACCUUUAACAUAGAUAUUUUCCUCUUGUAUUAUCUGAGAGAUAAACCCAAGGCAUUAAAAAUUCUACAGAAGCAACUCUCUUAUAUCGGCUGCACGGUGGAGUUAAAAUUUGAAGAUGAAAAUGUUGUAGUUAGAGGUGACAGUCAGAGUCAGCCAGGAGAAUGCCCUGCAGAGAAAAAGGAGCAACAGCUUGAUCAGAUUUUCAGCCGUUUCAAUGAGAACUACCUCUGCUAUCAUGUAUUUGAGCCAAAACAGAUCAAGAUGCUGCUGCAAGACUCCUCCCUUAAGAUAGAUGAUAUCAAAGUGUACAAUGAGAAUGGCUAUGCUGUGGUUGUGGGAGAGGUUCAUGCUGUGAAGGAGAAGAUUGCAGAUCUGGAAAACAUUCAAUACACCAAAAAGGAGCUUCCAAUUGUGGAGAAGCAUUACAGGCUCAUAGAAGAAGAGUUCAAUCGAGAAAUGUGCGCUAACUAUCCAGAUGUUAAAGUCGUCAGAGGUAGUGCCACAAUCACUUUGGAGGGCUCUGACACAGAGGUGCAGUCAGGAGCUGCAAAACUGGAUGAAUUGAUUAAGAACAUAAAGGAAAAUAGAGUCAAGUUCCCCACAGCUCUGCUAACCUUCAUCAAAACCAGUGGAGCUAUCUCCAAAUACCAAGCUCGUUUCCAGCAGAGCCUCAGAAACCCUGUUUUCUUUGAGGUGGGUUCAGAUCUGGUUCUGUCAAGUUUGUCCUCUGAUGCUCUGAAUGAGGCCGAGGCAGCAGUGAUGAGAGAGUUUAAAGUGGCCACUGUACAGCUGCAGGGAGCUGCAGCAGUACCUCCAGAUUUAGAUAGAGUGAAGGAAAUCCUGAUGAAAGCCAAGAAAGAAGCAAACAUUAGCGAGUUAAGAGUGGACGUGAGCUUCAUGCCAGGAGUUACUGGAACUACAACGACCAAAGUACGACUGGUGGGCUACAGUGAAGAUGUUAACAAGCUCAAUGAGGUCCUUCAUGGUUUCCAAAAGAAUGAAGUUGAUAUUCAAGAAGUGCUAAACUUGCCACAUCCUGAACUGGUUGACUGCUUUGAUAAAGUGUUAGACCUGAUUGGCAUGAAGCAGACUAAGGUGACCUUGAAAGCCUCACAUGUUCCACAUCCCUGUGUGCUUGUAAUGGGUCCUCGUUCUCUGGUUCAGAAAGUUCAGGCAGACUUAGCCAAAAGUCUAGCGCAGCUGUCAACUGAUACAGUGGUGUUAAAUGGACCGGCGGUGCAAUUGUACUUCCAGGAAGAAGGCAGAAAAAACAAAGAGGUGUUGGAGAGAUCCUGUCAGGUGAUCAUUAGGGAACAACAAGAAGUCUAUUCUCAAAGUACUGCAAGUGUGUUAGAUCUUUACCCAGAACCACUAUACAUUAACGUCCUCAGCUCCAACCCAGACAGAUUGGAAAGCAACACUGCUAGCAGUACACCAAAUACAACAGCUGUUAACAAAACAAACCUGGAGAUCAAGCUUAGCACUUUGGAAGAUGAACAGGUGAAUGUGGUGGUGGCCCCCAUGGUAUCCAAAAAGCUUACUUCCACGAAAGUUGGUAAAUGUCUACUGAAAAAAGCAGGAAAUCCAUUGCAGAAGGUCUUUGAUCUGAUAGCUCGGAGGUGGACCCUUUCUGCUGGUAAUGUUAUGGUGGUUGAUGCACCUCCAGCUCUGAGCUGCUCUAAGAUCUUCUUCAUUGAGUGUCUGCAAUGGGAUGGAGUUGAUGGCCUCAGCAUGCAGACCCUUGCUAAUGGGCUAAAAAGGUGUUUGGAACUCUGUGUAAAGGAAGGCUGGUGUUCAGUUGCCUUUCCGAUCAUUGGGCCUGGGGUAAUUCUGAAAUAUCCCCAAAAAGAAGCCAUUCAAGUGCUGACUGACAGCAUUCACCAGUUUGGAUUAUCUGGGUCUUGUGGAUCUCUUCACAACAUCAGUGUUGUCAUUAAACCAGACUACCAAGACUCUGAGGAGUGCUACCAAGAGGUCUACAGACAGCUGAGCUUGAAGAUGAAGCAGAGAGGCCAAGUAACCUUCAAGUCCCUCAAAAGUGACCUAGCUGAUGUCACCAUCAAAGUAGGAGGUGUUGUUGAACUACAACUGGUCUUUGGUGACAUUGUUAAUGAGACUACAGAUGCUGUGGUGAACUCAACAAACUUCACAAAUUUUCAAGGUGGCGUAUGCCGAAAAAUAUUAACUAUGGCUGGACCUCAGGUUGAGGCUGAACUCAGAAAUGCAAAAGUAAAGAAGGGAGACAUUUUAAAAACCCCACCUGGAGGGUUCCCAUGUAAAGCCAUUUUACACGUGUGUGGAGAAAAAAAUGUGAGUCUCAUUGAGAAGCAGCUGUUUUACAUCAUUCAACUUUGUGAGUCUUCUGGAUACAAGUCUGUGGCCCUACCUGCCAUCUGUGCUGGAUCUGCUGGCUUGGACCCCAACCAUGUGGCAUAUGCCAUCCUCCAAGGAGUUAAGACUGCUGCAUCUUUCCGUCCUCUCCAGUGUCUCACCAACAUUCGCCUUGUUCUCAACAAGCUCAAUGUGUUCCUGGCAUUUAAAAAACGAGCGAUGCAGAUGUUUCCCUCUACUGUUAUCAACACAGUUGUUUCACAUGCCCCCCCAGUUAUGAACAUACACCCAAGCAUCCUUUCUACCAGCUCCAGAAUUCAACAUUACACCUUCAUGAUUGUCGGACUAUGCAGAAAAAAUGUUGACAAUGCCAUUGCAAAUCUCAAAAGUCUGUAUCAGGCUGAGUGCGCUACGGAAAUCUUCAGGCAGGAUGAACUUGCAGGCCUCACUCAAGACGAUGUGAACCACCUAAAGCAGUUGAUUGAGGUCCUGGGUGUGCAUGUAGUAGAAGACCAUUAUAAUCCAGGCUGCUGGACUGUGAGUGGACUGAAAGAUGGAGUCCAUCAGGUGAUGGAAAUGAUCAGAAAAUCUGCUACGUAAAUAUUUAGUUAAUAAAAAUGCUAAAAAUCUUGCUGGAUUUUUUGUUUUGUUUUGUUUUUGUGCAUAUCUGCAAAACAAAAGAGUUCUGUAUUAAAAUACAGAUAGAUAUUAGUUUUUGGUCUAAAAACCCUGCCAAAACCCAAAACAAAACCACACCCAUAAGUUUCUUUAUACUGAUUACAGUUUCUUGAAUACCUCAAUUAGCUUAGCAUCAACAGAAAUGUGUGAAAUGCACUCUGCUCUGCUGAGCAAAGAAAAAAUAUAUACCAGCCACAAAAUUUAUUUUGAAGUUUAAAGUUAUUUGAAAAUAAAUGUGAAAAUGUGAUUACAGCAAAUGUAAAUGUCAAGUUUUUUUCAAUUUUUGGGCAUGUAGGCUAAUCAAAGCAGAAAUAAACAUCUUUCCUGGGAUAUUAA